AUGGCGGACAGCAGGCAUCUAGCAUGGAGCUGGAAAAUGGAGCUGUAUUCACAGAACUGCAGUGGUCUCAGAGUGGCGCCCCUUCUGCCUCGGAUGCUGUCUUCUGCCCAGCUGUCUCCAGUGGGACCUGGAUUAUCUAUAUCCCAGCUGUCAGCCUCUCCCCCCUUGACCGUUCGAAGCCACUCUGCCAGACCUCCCUUCCCCACCCAGCUCAGCUCACAGCUCUCCACAUCCCUCAAGACCAGCCAGGGAGCCCAGGAAGAUCUCUCCUCCAGUGGCAGCAGCAGAAUAGCUCAUCUGGAGGUCAGUCUGAGCCAGAGAUCCCUCAUUCCAGAAUCCCCCAUCGCUGAGCAACUGCAGGAGUUGCCUUUCACGCCCUUACAUGCUCCGAUUAUCAUGGGCGCCGAGACCCAAAGUUCUGGAUCUAAGCUCUCCCGGGCCUCGCUCGUCCGCCUGCGUAUGUUAGGCUUUCCAGAAAUUCUGGACCACAGCAAGCAGCCAGCUGAAAUUGUGGAUCCUUCCAUCCCCGUGACCUUUAACCCUCAAAAGGAAGAGGCAGAUGUCCUACAGAGCAAUGAAAUAAUUCUGCAGUUUCUUGCCUUCAGUAGAGCAUCAGAGGACCCCAGGGGAAUGCCAUGGCCAAAAACAGUGUAUUUCACCUUCCAAUUCUAUCGUUUUCCACCGGUCACGACGCCACGGUUACAACUAGUGAAACUGGACCAACCUGGGAUGACUAGCUCUAGUUCUCCGUCUCACAUCCUGGUUUCAAUUAACAAAGAUGGUUCAUUUGACAAGGACUCUCCUGGGUUCCAGCUCCAGUAUCUGGUGGAUCCUGUGCUCCUCAAACCUGGAGAACAGCGGUGGUUCAUACAUUACCUUGCCGUGCAGACCCUACAAAUCGAUGUCUGGGAUGGAGAUUCGCUGCUUCUCAUUGGGUGCGCAGUGCAGAUGGAGCACAUCCUCCGCCAGGGCCAAGCAGCUGUUCAAGUCUCCCACGAGCUCGAUGUUGUCACAACAGAAUAUGAACAGGAUACGAUGGUGGUGAGUGGAGUUAUCACCAGGCCUGGAACCGUCAAACCCAUCGGGGUCCACACUCUGGUGAGGGGUCGUCUGCACCUCACUCUGGCCAACGUGGGUCAUGUGUCUGAACAGAAAUCAAAUGAUUCCGACUCAUUGCCCCCUUCACGAUCGCGGAUCAUUUCCUCUAACGAUGGGACCGGUGGCUUCCACGGAGGCAGUCUUCUUAGCCUUGGAGGCCAUAGAGCUUUUAAAAACGUGGCUCAAGCUCGGAAGCUAGCCGAUGUGGACAGUGAAUUAGCCGCAAUGCUUUUCACUAACAAGCAAGAGGGGAGCAAGGUCCAUCAGGUCACCAACCAAGAGGCGGAUGCCACGCGGAAGCGCAAGCUUGAGAGGAUGGUGGCAGUGCGACGUCAGGAGUCUGAAAGCAAUCUUGGCCUUGAGAAGAAAAACCUACUGGUGCAGCAUAAUGUCCAAACUCAGCACUCCCGGGAUCUCCAGAUUAUUGAUGCAUAUCGAGAACGGACCAAAGUAGAGAGCAUCACCAACAUGCUGAGCCUGGUCAUCACUACCCACCAUACUAUCUAUGCCACUAUGGGCACUGCUGAAUUCUUUGAGUUUGCCCUUAGGAAUCCACACAACCUACAGCAUACAGUGUCCAUUGAGAUUGAUAACCCAGAGCUCAGCGUCAUUCUGGAUAGUAGGGAGUGGAGACACUUCAAAGAUGCUACCAAAGUGCAUACGCCACUGGAAGAAGACAUGUUCCAUCUCCACGAAAACUGCACCCCGCAACUCUACCUGCGCCCCAAGGAGACAGUUCACAUCCCUUUCAAAUAUCAGACUUUCUGCCUAGAUCACACUGUUAUGAUGCAGCAAUGUCCUUCUGAAUGUAGAUCUGACAAGGUCCCAGAAUCCACGUUGCCCUGGAAGUCCAGUGAAAUACCCACCAAAAGCAUUAAGGUAUCGUUUAGUGUGAGCAGUGGCAAACCCAUUGCCAUCCUGUGCGUGAAUGUGGAAUAUCAACCCCACGUAGUUGAUCAGACGUUUCGGUUUUAUCACCCAGAGCUCUCCUUCCUGAAGAAGUCUAUCCGGCUCCCUCCUUGGCACACCUUGCCUGGUGCCCCUGUAGGAGGAAUGCCUGGUAAGGAGCCCCAAAUCUACGUUCGUUGCAGUGACCCAAAUGUCAUUUGUGAAACCAAAAAAAUGGGCCCAGGGGAACCACAGGACAUGUUUCUGAAAGUAGCUGGAGGUCCAAGCCCACAGAUCAAAAAAUUCUUUGUUGCUCUUUAUACGGAUUCCUGGCUGGCUACCCCCAUUCAAAUAUGGCAGAUCUACCUCCACUCUCUCCAGCGAGUGGAUGUCAACUGUGUUACUGGUCAGUUGACCCGCCUUUCCCUUGUUCUUCACGGCACACAGACUGUUAGGAAAGUAAAAGCAUUCACUUCCCACCCCCAUGAGUUGAAGCUGGACCCUGAUGGCGUUUUCAUGCUCUCACGGAAUGGCGUGCAUGACCUACAAGUUGGUGUGAGGCCUCAGCGGUCUGGCAGUCGGUUCCUUUAUCUCAAUCUGGUGGAUGUUGACUACCACCAGUUGGUGUCCUCCUGGCUCGUGUGCCUAUCCAGCCGACAGCCUGUCAUUUCCAAGGCUUUUGAGAUCACGUUACCAGCCGGUUGUGGCAAAGGUGCCAACAAGAGGAUCACUUACACCAAUCCCUACCCUUCCAAAAGAGCGUACCAUCUGCACACCAACCACCCGGACCUGCUGCAGUUCAAGGAAGACGCCUUUGAGGUUGAUGCUGGAGAGACGUAUACCAUUGGCCUGCGGUUUGCUCCAAGUAACAGCACAGGGAUGGAGGAAAUUCUGAUUUACAUCAAUGACCAUGAAGACAAAAACGAGGAGACGUUUUGCGUGAAGGUCAUCUACCAAUAAAGGGGAGGCCCUUGAUCAGGCUCACAUGCUCUCGCUCUGUCUGUCAACACCUUAGUCUCAUGGAAUCUCCUCUGAUGGGGCCAUAAUCCCAUUAUCUCUUGACUACUGCAAUAGUAUUGUUGGUUUUGGAUUUUGCUGCUGGAUAGAUUUUCUUCCUUUGGUAUUUCCCCCCACCGUUUGUCUUUGGAUACAGAUAACCCACUGAUAUCACCCCUGCACUUCACCAGAGGACUGAAAGCGUGUGCUCCCUCCUUAUUUAUGGUGUGCCUGAGUCUAAUCAAGCCGCAGCCAAAAUCACCGUGAUUUAUUCCCGAGCACAGUCCUUAAGCAGUAACCCAGACUCCCAUGAUGUCGUUGGGAUAUUGCUGUUCCCGUGGGUGGACAGGAAAUUAUAACUUUCUACCAAAUUGUUUUG